CGAUAUGUCCAAGGCUGUCCUCCGCUGAGAAGAUCCGCAUCGACAAUCCCGCAUGCGCCUCCCUUUAGACAUCUACCAAGAAGACCAAAGUGCUGGAACGCCCUCCGCAUACUCUCCUUCAGAUCCAGAGUCGGAACCCGAGUCGCCCCCUCCCAAACGAGGUGCAAAGCGCAAACGGACAUCGGGAAGCUCAACACACCGCAGACGCCGCUCCCCCUCACAGUCCUCGGACGACUCUGUCUAUGCGGUAGCCCAGAUCCUGGCCAGGUCUUUAAACAAGUGGCGCAACCCAGACACGAAACAAUUCGAACUCCGUUACCUUGUGAGGUGGGAAGGGUAUGGCCCGGCUGACGAUACGUGGGAGCCGAUCUCUAGCUUGAUGGAAGGGUCGCAAAGCUUGAUAGAUGAGUUUGAAGAUUUCGAGUACCACCCGUUUGCUAUCCUGUCGUCCAGGAAUAUUCCGUCGAAACCCGCAUCUUAUCUUGUACGCUACGGCCUCGCGUCCCUCGACACCCCACCGUCUCCGCUAUGCGACAAGGUCUGGCAUACCGCGUCCCAGAUUCACCGUAUCGCUGGGAUCCCAAAGAAUAUCGUGGAAACAGCCAUACGAGACUUUGAAGACGAGCAAGUCGCCGAAGACAGCAUCGCUGUCCGGGGCGCAAGCCCAAGAAGGCUACAGCUGUUGAAGAAACAGUGCAUACUCGACAUUCUCACUCGAGAAGAGCAAGAGGACGAGAAAGGAGGCUCGUCUUUGCUGUAUCAUGUCAGGUGGAGGGACAAGAUGAAACUGAAAGAGGAGUGGAUGGACUAUGAGCAGAUUGUAUUCACAUUUGAAGAAGACGGCGUGCUGUUUGUCAGAAAGUGGGAGACUGAAAGGGGGUUCAAGCGGCGGCGGAGUCAGGAGGGCACGUCUAUAAAGAAGGAAAGCAGUAGUAAUACAAAGCCAGUCAAGAGAGAAGGUCAGCAGUCGAUGGCUCCUGGCGCACUGUGCUCAUUGUCCUGCAGCGUUAAGCGAGUAUGAGAUGGAGAGACUCGAAAACAUCAGAGCGAACAGGGAGCUCAUGAAGGACUUGGGACUCUAGAUACCUUGCAUUCUUGGCACGCACAUUCUGGCAUGUAUGUAUCAACAUGAAUGUAUGCAAUUGCAUGGCGACAA